UCGUGUAUAACGGGCCAACCCGGACUUGGUAUCAUUCGAACACCAAGGAGAGCCUACUGUUGUUUUUCCCCCACAAUAUAUUUGCACAGAGAGGCUGUACAAAAAGCGGAGCUUGGCUAGCUUGUCAUAAUUAAAAAGGGCGUUGCUUGACCAAGUUUGAAAUCAAAUCUUAUGGUUUACACCCUUAGCUUAGGCGGACAGCAUCGGCUGUGCAUCAAUGGAGAUACUUUCGAAAACACCCACAGCAGAAUCCUAUCGGCAUAAGGCACCGCGUUCUUCUCCAGCACCUAGCAGGAUGGUGUCUGACACCUUUUCCCUGUCGUCUUAUAAAACCUAUCCUGCUCAUCGAUAUUCCAUCAACGCUCCUGCACGUCACACGCCCCAAACAUUCACUCAGGAUUCAUAUCGUCCAGCAUCUCCCAGCAAAGCUCUUCCAGAGAGCAGCAGUGCAGCGAUCUUAUCUGCCUUGAGGAACCUCCAAGAGAAGAUUAGGAGGCUGGAGUUUGAGAAAGAGCAGGCAGAGUUGAGCCUUUGCACUUUAUUGAAGGACGGACGUCUGCAAAGUGACAGCCCUGCGCAGAGACUCCUCACUGAUGAGGACAUAGAAAGAAAAGCAAGUGAGCAGUCAAACUGUAACCAAGUGCUGAUCACCCACCUUGCUGCCGCAGAGAAUCGUUGUGAGAAGCUGGAAGGACAGUUGGAGCAGAUGAAGAGGAUGUUGCCCAGGACAGAAAGCACCAGCUUGCCCAAUCAGGAGGUGAACUCAGAGGCUUUAACAGAGAAACCGGGUACAGGUAGUCAGCAGCCUGAUGGACUGAGCGAGCAUGCUCAGUUGGAAAAGCUGGAAAAACUUGAGCAGGAAUAUCUCAGGCUGACUUGCACACAGAAAAAUGCAGAGAUGAAGAUCUGUGCAUUGGAAAGAAAGAUAAACGAAGAGGAGCACCAGAGAAGGCUCAUUCUGGAUAAAGCCAAUCAGCUACAGACAGGUAUGGAAGCCAACAGAAUGUUGCUGCAGUCCGUUUCUCCACGUUUCUCCAUCAGACAAUUCAAAGAGAAGAAAUCCAGCUCAAAGCAACCUUCUCCAAAAUACACAGAGCCUCACUACAGACUGAGCCUAAGAGACAUACCAUUUGUCACUGGAACGUCGGUCGCCUGCAGCCACUCGGUCAGAGCCAACGUUCAGGCAGUCUUGUCCCUCCUGAAACGGCACCAGCCUCAUCUCUGCAACAAACGCGUCCUGUCUCGCGACGCAGAUCACUCUGAAACGAGCAGCCAGUCAGACGCUUCCUCCACGUCGUCGUCCUCUUGCGGAGACGAGCUAUCGGAGCUGCUAGAAGCCCUGCAGGAAGAGCUGUGCCUCAUCAGUUUGGAGCACGGUGAGUUGAUUAAGCAAAUGGAAGGGAGCGCCUCUGAAGAGGAAAGGGGAGCGCUUCAGAGGGAGCAGGAGAGGCUACUGGUGAGAAUGGAGAGUAAAGAAGAACAGAUCAGUAAGCUCUGCAAGCAUAAAUUACAGAUAAAGAAGUUAAGAAAGAAGGUGAAGUCUGGGAAGAACAGUCGAACUGGAGAAAGACUUGCCACCAGAGGGCGCUCUGAAGCAUCAACUAAAGCUCAGCUAGUUGAGAGAAACAAGAAGAACCUGAUGCUUCUGAAAGAUAUGAGAGCUUUGCAAAACUCUUUACAGAUCUGAAACUCACUACAAUAUAUUCAUAACAUAAUCUGUUUAUUGUUUUUGGUGCUAUUCUUCUACCUCUGACUAUUAGUUCUUACCUGAAUCUGCCUCGUGCUGAAAACCCACUACACACAACAGGAAGAUUCACUGCUUUCAUCUUCUUUAUGACAUUAUUGGUGCCUCGGCAGUCGGAUUUUCUGAGUUCUUACUUAGUAAUAGAACAAGGACAUCGACUAAAGUCAAAAGUCCAACAAGGAAAGUCCAAGAUCUUCAAGUAGCCCUCAGUUUAGUAUCUGAAGUGGCUGCCAUUCAUAUAGGAUAUCAUGAAAGGUGCCUGUUACCAAAUAAUUUAUGAUUUUUAAAUUACAUGCCUUAGUUUGGGCUAUGAUCAGGUUGUUCUUUUUAAAAUGUUUUAUUGAAACAGAAAUUGAAUAUUUCCAUUGAGCAUCUUCUUCAACUUUCCACGCUCUGACCAGCAGAGGGUGGAAAAGUGUAGCGACGCACUUCCAGAUUGAUUUCUGAUGUACAAGGUGAAGCAAACUAAGAGUGCUUUGAUUUUUUUAAAAUUUUCUUUAAACAGAGUAUAAGAUUGUAUUAUACAUAUGAUACAAUCUUG